UAAUCCCGCCAAUCUUCCACCCUAAUAAAUCCCGCCAGCAACACCCACUUGACUGCCCUUUUACUAUCCGCACCUACAGACUUGAAAAAAUUGUACUGAUUUCAAUUUUACCCGCCAUUAACUUGCUCCCAUUUUUGCUUAUUCCGUCGUUAAUUUCUAAUCAGUCAUGGAAAUUAACGACGGCGAUGAAGAGGAAUUCGGAUUUUCCAGGAAUUACUUUCUUGCCAAAGAUUUGGGCAGCACUUCCAUUAAGAAAUCAACCCGCAAGAUCUCCGACAUUGAUCUUGUCGACGAACAGGAGCUGAGAGAAGCUGCGGCUAAUAUCGAACCGAAGCAUGAAAAGGAGAUUAUUGCCCUUACUAACAGUUAUAAGAAGUUAUAUUCCAGAUGGGUUUUUGAGCUUAGGUGUGGUUUUGGCCUUCUAAUGUAUGGAUUUGGAUCUAAAAAAGUCUUAAUUGAAGAUUUUGCUUCUACAGCGUUAACGGAGUAUCCUGUGGUUGUAAUCAAUGGGUAUCUUCAGUCAAUUAAUCUAAAACAGGUCAUAAUUGCUUUAGCAGAACUCUGGUGGGAUCAUUUGAAAACCAAGAGAAAAAUUUCAUCCAGUGCUGUGGCUAAAGUUCAACAGCCAUUUAGUUCUCGGUCCAUGGAUGAUCUUCUUGCAGUCUUGGAUGGAUCACAAGGGGAGGAAAAUGAUUCUUUUUUAUGUGUUGUCAUUCAUAACAUCGAUGGACCUGGGUUAAGAGACUCUGAAAGCCAGCAAUAUCUUGCACGAAUAGCUUCUUGUUCGCAUAUCCGUAUCGUUGCGUCUAUUGACCAUGUUAAUACACCCCUACUGUGGGAUAAGAAAAUGGUUCACACACAGUUCAACUGGUAUUGGUAUCACGUUCCUACAUUCGCACCAUAUAAGGUCGAAGGAAUGUUCUUCCCUUUGAUCCUUGCUCACAGCAGCACAGCUCAAAGUGCCAAGACAGCUGCAAUAGUUUUACAGAGUUUGACUCCAAAUGCGCAGAGCGUAUUCAAAAUUCUUGCAGAAUAUCAACUGUCUCAUCCUGAAGAAGAAGGCAUGCCUCUGGAUAAUCUGUAUACAGUCUCUCGGGAGCGUUUCCUUGUGAGUAGCCAGGUGACACUGAACUCCCAUUUGACAGAAUUCAAAGAUCAUGAGUUGGUGAAGACGAGAAGGCGUAAUGAUGGCCAAGAUUGCUUGUACAUUCCUCUUACAGUUGAUGCUCUUGAAAAGCUGCUUUCUGAAAUCAGUCAAUGAUGUACAAUUACAUUUAUAUGAAUGGCCAAUUCUGUUAGCUUCAA